GUGAUCACAUUUGUAUGGCUAAGUUGUAGAUCUGAAAAUUUUGGGUUAAAUCCUCUGUUUUCUCUCUAUCAUUUGUAAGCUUUCCUAGUAAUCGAUAAGAGGUAUCAUGGAAUCCAGCUCUAAGAUGGAAGAGUACAGGCCUCCCUCAACUAAAAUUGCCUUCAGCAGCGAUAAGAUCUAUCAUGUAUUUCUGAGUUUCAGGGGACCAGAUGUCAGAAAAACUCUGGUUGAUCAUCUUUAUGAAGCCCUCUCCGCAGCAGGGCUUAAUGUCUUUUUAGACAGCGAGAAAUUGGAAAAGGGGGAAAUGAUUGAGUUGAGCUUGGAAAGAGCGAUGGAGGGCAGUGCCAUACGCAUUCCUAUUUUUUCUGAGGGCUAUGCAGACUCUGUGUGGUGUCUCAAGGAGGCCGCUGCAAUGUUGAGCACCCCUGGCUUGAUCAUUCCACUCUUUUAUUAUGUGGAUCCAACUCAUGUCAGAUAUCCUCAAACUGAGUCCAGUCCCUAUACGAAAUCAUUUGCCAAACAUUAUGGCCGUCCAGAUCGGUACCCAACAGAAGAUGUUGAUAAAUGGAAGGAUGCCCUUCGACAGAUCUGUGAAUUCUCAGGCUGGUCCAUGGACUUAACUCAAGGUUUUGAAGCUCGGCUAGUAAAGAAGGUGGUGUAUGAUCUGAUCAAGACAUUGGAUAGAGUGCCAUUAGAAGUUGCCAAGCAUCCAGUUGGAAUAGACAGCAUCAAGAAUGCUCUCGUGGAGGAAUUGCAUCUCAAUUCAGUGAAUAAGGUGGUUAAACUUGGAAUAUGUGGAAUUGGUGGUAUUGGCAAGACCACAAUUGCCAAGGCCUUGUACAAUCAAAUCUAUGCUGAUUUUGAAGCUGCUUCCGUUGUAUUUAAUGUCCGCACGACUGCAGCAGACUCCAAAGGGCUCAGAGAUUUGCAGAGAAAAAUUCUUAAAGAUUUAUGCAAGUAUGGUGGAGACGUGGACAGCGUUGAAGAAGGCAAAUCUUUGUUGAGAGAUCGUUUGGGAGGAAAACGUGUGCUGCUUAUUGUGGAUGAUGUGGAUGCUGACGAACAAUUGCAUGCUUUGGUUGGAGAUUGGCUGGCUCUUGGCAGCAGAGUUAUUAUAACCUCUAGAGACAAACAUGUUCUCAAUCUUGCUCAAGUCCAAAGCAUCCGUGAGAUAAGUGGUUUAGAAAUAAAUAAAGGUCAUGAGUUGUUUAGCUGGCACACUUUCCUCAGAGCAUGUCCAAGUCCGAAGUACGAAGAUCUUUCCAGAAGAAUAGUAGAAGCUUGCAAGGGGCAUCCUCUUUCACUGGAAGUCAUUGGAUCCUUCUUAUAUGAUAAGAAGGAUGACACAGGUUGCUGGACUGAAGCCUUUCACAACAUUACUCUACACCCAGACAUACACAGAAGACUCAAAAUCAGUUAUGAUUGUCUUAGUGAUGAAGAAAAGGAGAUAUUUUUGGACAUUGCUUGUUUUUUCAUUGGAGAAAAAACAACACAUCCCAUUGUUUUCUGGAAAUCCUUGUACAAGAUGGUAGACACUGCCAUAUUUAAUCUUUCAAUGAAGUCUUUAAUAAAGAUUGACGAUGAAGGAUUAUUUGAUAUGCAUGACCAUUUGCGAGAUAUGGGGCGGAUCAUUGCUGAAACAGAAAAAGAGGGAACCCGACUAUGGGAGGCUACCCAUUUAAGCACCCUAUACAACAAUACCAAUUUCUCUCGUCUUCGGUUGAAUGCCAGCAGUCCACAAAACCACGAAAUGAUUUACAGUCCUGGUCUUCGCUAUCUUCAUUUGCAGAAUGUACACAUCGAAGGCAUGAUGGCCAUGAUUCCUCCAAGUUUGAUAUGGUUAAGGUUGGAAGAUUGCAUCUUUGCAAUUUGGAUGGAUAGAGCAGUGAAGAAGCCACGUCAUUCCAGAUUUUUGGAUAACAUUUGGGGUGCAAUCGGGAUGGAUAGAGCAGUGAAGAAGCCACGUCAUUCCAGAUUUUUGGAUAACAUUUGGCAAUUGAAGAUUAUGAAAGCAAACGGUUACCGUUAUCUGGACAGCCUUUCUCUCUCUUCCCUGUUUUCACUUCCUAAUAUACAGCUGCAGCACUUGGACUUGUCAUAUUGUACGGGGUUAAAUGUCCUACCUGAUACCAUUGGCAACCUGUCACAGCUGCAGCACUUGAGGUUGACCUAUUGUAUGGGGUUAAAUGUCCUUUCUGAUAGCAUUGGCAACCUGUCACAGCUGCAGCACUUGGACUUGGACAGUUGUUUCGGGUUAAAUACUUUGUCUCAUAGCAUUGGCAACCUGUCACAGCUGCAGUGCUUGGACUUGUCAUGUUGUUUGGAGUUAAAUGUCCUCCCUGAUAGCAUUGGCAACCUGUCACAGCUGCAGCUCUUGGACUUGUCAUGUUGUUCGGGGUUAAAUGUCCUCCCUGAUACCAUUGGCAACCUGUCACAGCUGCAGCACUUGGACUUGUCAUGUUGUUCGGGGUUAAAUGUCCUCCCUGAUAACAUUGGCAACCUGUCACAGCUGCAGCACUUGAGCUUGACCUAUUGUACGGGGUUAAAUGUCCUUUCUGAUACCAUUGGCAACCUGUCACAGCUGCAGCACUUGGACUUGUCAUCUUGUAGGGGUUAAAUGUCCUCCCUGAUACCAUUGGCAACCUAUCACAGCUGCAGCACUUGAGCCUGACCUAUUGUAGGAGGUUAAAUGUCCUCCCUGAUAGCAUUGGCAACCUGUCACAGCUGCAGCCCUUAGACUUGUCAUAUUGUACAGGAUUAAAUGUCCUCCCUGAUACCAUUGACAACCUGUCACAGCUGCAGUUGGACUUGUCAUAUUAUACGAGAUCAAAUCUCCUCCCUGAUACCAUUGGCAACCCGUCAGACUUACCUAUGUUUAUAGGCUUCCUAGACUGGCUAGUUAAAAGGAUUGUAAUGGAGCUUCCCGUGUUGCAAGGAGACAUUGAGUAUUAGUCCAACAGAGCAGGUAAAUAUUAAAUAUCCCCUUUUCAUAAAAUUAGGUGCUGAGGGUGGUUUAAAUAGAAUUGCCUAAAGAGGCUCAAAUUUCCUCUCACGGCUAUCCUAUGGGACCGGGGAUGCACUCUUAAGCUCUUUAAUGAAUCUGCAUCUUACGUCUUGUUAUUUUUUGAGCUUGUUUAGUGAAGAUUGUAUUAGUUUUUACAUGUUUGCACGGAAGUGCAAAACGAUGCGCUCUCUGAAAAAAUUACAUCAUGUAUUGUGGCACUUUUUCUUAAUUGGAUUUAAGAGGUUAAUGAACAAUGUAAAUGACCCUACAUAAUUUACUAUUUAAAGGAAUAACAAUGUCCGUUAUAUUUUCACAA